UCAUUUCAUUUUUUUAUUUCGUUGCUCUGAAACUCAGCAAUGGCGACGAAGCCCGGUCCUGUAACCAACCUCGAAGAAGAGGCGGAGGACGGUGGUUCAACCGCCGUAGAAAGUUCUAUUCUUACACAGGACGACGAGACUACGAGCGUAUUCGUCUGCGACGACAGAGACAUCGAUUGCGAUCCUUAUUUCCCAUUCGCAGGCCACCCGAUUUCAGACUCCGGUUCGGAUUCGGAGCUCGAUCCGUACACCUGUCCCAUCGAUUUCUUCGAUCGAGAGUCUUCCGAGGGGGUGUACUUAGGAUCUGAAGGACUCACCGGCGAUGAUUUCAAUGUAUGGGGCUUUUACGAACCCAAGGAGGAGGAGAUUGUCUUAGGGACUAGAUGUGAGUCCGGAUCCGGGUCGGAUCAGCAAGGGCUUCGAGUGACCGGUCUCGAUUCGGAUUCCGAUUACGAAGAUGGCGUGUUCGAUUUCACCUCCGGGGCAGAUGAACCGGGUCGGGUCGAGGUUGGUGCGGGUCUUCCUCCUGUUUGGGACUACGACUUGGGUGAUGAUGAAACUGAAGAAUGGGAGGAGGUGCAGAACGCUAUUAACUGGACGGUUAGGGCUCUUAGUAGAUCCGACGAAGAAGAAGAAUUGUCUUCGCAAUCAAGGGAUGAUGAUGAAGAAGAAGAACAUGAGCUUGACUGGCAGGUUUUGAUAACUAUCAACAACGUUGUUAAUUACAUCGAACAAGCUGAAGGUAUCACGAUCAAUCCUGGCGAUAUCGACCCUAGCUAUUACAUGUAUCUAGCUAGUUUGGGUGAUGGUGAUGCUGAUGCUGAUGUUGAUGAUGCUAUUCUUGGGCACAUGUUUGAUAACGAAGCUGGGAUCAGGGGGAAUCCUCCGGCUGCCAAGAGGGUUGUUGAGGAUCUUCCUGUUGUGAAACUUACAUUGGAAGAAGGGGCCAUGGUUUGUGCGGUCUGUAAAGAUGAGAUGGUGCUAGAGGAGGAAGUGAAGAGGCUUCCUUGUAGGCAUUUGUAUCAUGGAGAGUGUAUUACGCCUUGGCUGGGGAUACGGAACACUUGUCCGGUUUGCCGGUUUGAGCUUCCUACUGAUGAUCUUGAGUAUGAAAGGCAUAGGAGAUCACAAAGGAGUGACACCAGUCUUUUCCUUGCCGGGUAGAUAUAUAGUUAAUGAAAAUGUGAAGUAUCUGUUUGUUUGGCCCUGUUAAUAGUCACCGUGUAAGAGGCAAAGAUCCUUUAACCGCUUUGUUUUAUGGUAAGCAGCAGUUAUUGUGAAACGCCAAGUUGUAUAUAUUCCCUUUUUCUAAUGAAAUAAAUCAUGUUAAAACU